CUUCAUUAAGAAUUUUGUCAUUUUAAAAUGAAUGUCUUGCAGCGUUGAUUUAACUCAUCACAUUGGACUUUCAGAAGUUGUGAUGGGCUGUUUUCAGACUCUUGAGAUUUCAGAAACAAAAAAUGAAUCAGUUAAUCAGAGAUUAAUCUACAGACAAAAAUUCAAGCUGUAUUCACUUGCACUUCUAGUGUCAGCAUCAUAAGUUUGAAUUUCUCGCUGAGGAGAAAUGAACUUAGAGGCAGUGAAACUUGGAAUUAUGCCACUUUACACAUGAGUUGUAAGUAUAGGAGUGUAUUUAAUACAGUAGAAACACAUUUACCUCGCGCUCAAUCUUUUUGUUCCAUUGCCCUUCCCUUCCUUUGCCUUAAAUUGUGUCAUCUCUCACUACCAUUGUCUACUUUGGACUGUUGUUCUUUCUCCUUUUUAAAUACAGCUGAGCUGGCACUUUAGGUCAAGUGUUACACUACAGUUACAAGAAUCCCGAAUUAGUACGCACAAUAUCGGAAGGCCAUGAGCUAAACACUCAUGUUUUACAUUUGUCCUGUUGGGUUAGUCACGUGAAAGGACAGAGUGGAGCUCUCCUUUACUACAUAGCGAGACUGAUUAGCUUCAUCACCUCUAAUGACUUUUCUUUUUGUCAGACAUCGCUCCCCAACUUCGGCCUACCGUUCUGUCAUGUCCUCUUCCAUAGGCAACACAGGCUGUGAUAUCCGUCCAAAUUUGCAAGUCAUUUGCUUGAGUUUGUCCUAAGUCUGCUAGCCUCAUGAAGGAUUUUCCAGUGUUGGAAGAGCAUGACCGCCGGAGAGUCCCUCUCAUCUUUGAUGGCCCAGAGAGCUGUGGUCAAGCCCAGAAACUGUGUGGUCGCCCAGUUUGUGUGUGUGCCUUUUUUAUGCCAAGCGUGUUUGAAUAGCCUGUCCAAGCCUUUCAGAAACUGCUGGUCUGGCUGUCAUGUGCAGUGCAAGUGAGGAAGUAUGAAUUUGGUGUGACAGGAGGGUGUGUAUGUGCUUUUGAAAUUGUGUGAGUUAGAAGAAGCAGCGGUGUGUGACUGAAUAUACUGGGAUUGUCUCGUAAAUUGUUAUAUUUUCCAUCUUGGCUCAGGCCAGAGAGGACUGGGGCGUUAUAAUCUCUGAUGACCACUUAUCAAGUGGUGACAUCCUAUUUAGCUUAGCAGUUCUAAUUGACUGCACGACUGUUUGUAGCUACGGCUCAGCUGUCAAAGCUAACAAAAUGUAGACUUACAUCUGCAGACAGAUAUGGGGGGUUACAUAACCCAAGCUUUGAGAGGCAGCUAGGCAUCCUGAGGAUUGUUGUCAACAGAUUCCUCUGGUGGAAAUGGAGGUAAAGUUUAUUGCGACUGUUUCUGAGUUCCUGCGGUGGAAAAAGCCUUUAUAGUGACGGCGUAUGGCAGAAGGGAGGUCAAGGGAACACAGCCUGGUUGGGAGGGGAGAUCCGCAUCCUUCAAUGUGGUCCCAGACCAUGAAUAUCGUGGGCCAGUUGGCGGAGACAGUAUUUGUGACGGUGAAGGAGUUGUACCGUGGCCUCAACCCAGCCACUCUUACCGGAGGGAUUGAUGUCAUUGUGGUGCGACAGCCUGAUGGAUCGUUCCAGUGUUCCCCCUUCCAUGUUCGCUUCGGCAAGCUGGGUGUGCUGCGCUCCAAGGAGAAAAUUGUGGACAUUGAGAUAAAUGGAGAGCCAGUUGACUUGCACAUGAAGCUGGGUGACAAUGGAGAAGCUUUUUUUGUGGAGGAAAAUGAAAACAUGGAGUCUCAGGUCCCAGCCCACUUGUGCACAUCCCCGAUUCCUUUGGAGGUCCCUGAGGAGACCGAGGGGACCCAUGAGGGAUCAGUAAUCUCGGGAACUGGCACUCGCAGAAAGAAGCGCCGCCGCAAACGCAUGCGUUCUGACAAUCACCUGAGAGAAGAGGUCAGCUCCUCAUCGGACGAGAGAGAAAGAGAGAAGGAGUGGGAGAAAGAAAGUGAUCCAGCCGGGCAGGAGAGUCCUGUUAGAGAACAGCCUGUCACAACAUUGCAAAUCAGCAAAUCAGUGUACUACUCAAUGUCUGAGGAGCCAAAUCAGGAGCUGUCCAGAGACACUCAUCCACACUCAGACGGGGAGCAGUCGCCCUCAGAAAGCAGUGUUUUCUACAGUCGGCCGUCCUCUCCGAAGAGCGACUCUGAGCUCCUGGUUAAACCCCAUGAGUCCUCUGGGCCUCAGAUGCAGUGGAACUGGGGAGGUUUUCCCAUGCUGUAUCAAUCAGAGAGGAUGCCGCUGGAGUUGCCGCACAUUUCCCCUUCUGGCAGUUCUCAUUUCCGCACCAUUGAGAGACAGGACUCCUUUGAUAUGGGCUGUGAACCUGUGAUCCACUGUGGCAGAGUGGGCAGCGUAACAGUGGUCAGACCACAACCCAGGACUCAGUCCCUAGACCUCGGUAGCUACGCUAUGCAAACCACGCCUUUAUCCAAGGAGAAAAACUCCCAUAUUGCCCAUUCCACCCCCAGUGACCUCUCCAGGUCCUGUGCAUCAUCAUCAGAAACUAAUGUGGACUUGAAACAGGCACUUGACUCCACAUUAUGGGAAGAGGAGAGCUCUUCUUCUAAUACGGACAGUCUAAUUAAUGGCAGAAAUUCUCAUGGUAGCAAAGAAAGCACAGCCACUGUUGAGCAUAUUAGCACAACGACUGACAUAAAUGCCCCCAGAGGCAAAAAUAAUGUGGUCAGUGUAACCAAACCAAUGAUGGUGCAAAAACAACUCAUUAAAGAGAACAAAGACAGUACAAUCCCAGCAACAAGUCAGAGUAGCACAGAGAUACAACAGCACGGUGCCUCACUGGAGCAAAGUGAACAGGGUUCUACCAGUAGUGCCACAGUCAGCGAGGGGGACAGUGGGAUAGAUCCUUGUGCUGAAGGAAGGGAGGAGGAGCAGCAGGGUGUAGGACCUGGAGGGACCCAACAGGCAGCAGGAGCAAACUCUUCUGAGAUGUCCUCCAAAGUGGAGCUGCAGGACAAAAAGAAAGGUAAACGUAAUCAUCAUCUGGGACCAACAGAUAUUUACUUGGAUGAUCUGACCACAUUGGAUCCUGAGGUGGCUGCUCUCUACUUCCCCAAGAGUGAGACGGAGGGAAUGUCCCAGCACGGACCGGAGCAGGGCUCCUGCUCUGGGAGCCAGUCGCCUCAGUCAGUGGGCAGCGGGGCCAUGGACAGCGGCACAGAAUACCUGUCAGAUUCCACCUCCUACAACAUGGACGUCAGCAUGUCCCUCUGUGGGCGAGAGGGCGACACCAGCCAAAUCACUAAAGAAAAGUUUAUGCAGCACAUUGUGACAUACCAAGAUUUAACCAACAAUCCAGGAAUCAUCGAGGAUCCAAGCCUCGUGAUCUGCAUCAACUCCAACUAUUACAACUGGGCAGUGGCUGCUCCAAUGGUCUUGUCAAUGUCAGCUUUCCAGAAGAACUUGCCCAAGAGUACUAUAGAGCGGCUGGUGAAGGACAAGAUGCCCAAAAAGUCUGGACGCUGGUGGUUCUCCUGGAGGAGAAGAGACAUGGACAAUAACCAGCAAAAGAACUCAAAGGAUGAGCCUGAGGAGCAACUGGCAAGUGUUUCUUCCACAGUAAAAGCUACGUUGGAUGACAUUGACAGCGACGAGGCAGCGGGCCUCGGUCGAAAAGCCAUCAUUGCUCCCAGCCUGUCAACAGACACCCUCAAUGCCACACAGUCGUUCAGUCAGAUUUACCGCAAAUCUCUACGUCUGACCUCUGAGCAGAUAAAUCACUUAAACCUGCGUGAAGGCGCUAACAAGGUGGUGUUCAGCGUGACCACACAAUACCAAGGCACCUGUCGCUGUGAGGCUGCUAUCUACCUGUGGAACUGGAACGAUCGAGUCAUCAUAUCAGACAUCGACGGCACCAUCACUAAGUCUGAUGCUUUGGGUCAUAUUCUACCUCAGCUUGGAAAAGACUGGACGCACAAAGGCAUUGCAAAACUCUACCACAAAAUACACCAAAAUGGCUAUAAGUUCCUGUAUUGUUCAGCGCGGGCCAUAGGUAUGGCUGCCAUCACUAAGGACUACCUUCAGUGGGUCAACGACAAAGGCACCGUCCUCCCUAAAGGCCCCGUACUGUUGGCUCCCAGCAGCCUCUUCUCAGCUCUACACAGAGAGGUCAUUGAGAAGAAGCCGGAGGUUUUUAAAAUUGCCUGCCUCGGUGACAUCAGAGACCUGUUCAACCCACAGAGACAGCCCUUCUACGCUGCCUUCGGCAACAGGACUAACGAUGCUUUUGCCUAUAAGCAGGUGGGGGUUCCUGACACCAGGUUAUUCACUGUAAACCCAAAAGGAGAGCUCAUACGGGAGAAGACAAAAGGCAACAAGUCCUCGUACAGCCACCUCAGCGAGUUAGUGGAACAUUUCUUCCCCAUGCUCUCUGUUGAGGGCAGCACAUGCUCUGUUUUGGAGUGUCCAGAGUACAGCAGUUUCUCUUAUUGGAAGGAGCCUGUGCCUGAACUGGACCUGGACGCAUUACUGUAGAAACACUUCUGUUCACACACAGACAAACACAUUUGAAGGCACAUAUGUACAGACUCUGCUUUCUCCCAUUCAAGGGGCUUUCUGAAGGAUUUUUUUUCCCCAGCUUGUCUGAAUAUUGCCUUCGACUGACCUGUGAACUGUAGUGCCUGUUUAUGAGACACUGAACAGAAAGAGACAGCUGCCUUGUCUUUCAAAGUCAAAGCCAAAUUAAGUCAUAAAGUGCAUUGACAUUUCAAAAAUAAAUGUAUAAAACAUUAUGCAAUACUUAAUUUCAGUGCUCUUACACCCAUUAUGGCUUUUUACACAGUAUUUCGCUACUGUUAUGUGAAACUCCUGCAAUGACACAACUGGACAAAUAUGCCUUUAAAUAUGUUUAGUUUUCUUGAUAUUGUGUGUAUCGAUAUCAUUCCAAAAUAGGAAUUUAAACGGUAUAUUGGCAUAAUUCCUUUAUAUAUAAUUCACAUUUCAUCUCUGAGCUCAAACAACACAUUUGUUUUGAAAUCGUGGUGUCUUGGAUGUGCAUUAAGUGAUGCUUCAAUCCCACAGAACUGUCCAACCUGUAUUUCCUGUUCUCUGUGACUGAUCUGGAGAUUUUCACUUCAGUGCUUGAAGCUCAAAGCUCAUUGUUCAAACAGACAUUGGCACACACACACACGCACACACACAGCUCCAAAACAAGACAUUUAUAUUUUAUUCAGCUGAGAUUAGGAAGACUGUGUGUCCGUGUGUUGUUGACAACAGAGAAUGUGUUUGGACUUGUGGAGGUUUUGCAUGUACCAAGCAACCAAAUAUGGUGUGAUAAUAUGUUUAAAAUGCUUUGGAUUAUUUGACCCUGAUCAGUAUGAGAUAACUUUAUGAUUUUGUCAAGCACAAAUGUGUUUUCCAGUUGGAUUUGACGAACCUGAGUCACACGUAUUUUGUAGCUCUGUAGAUGAAUGCAGACUAGGCUCUAAGGGGCAAUAGCAUUUUUUUUUUCUGUUUGCAAAAAAGUUGAGCAACGAUCAUUGUGCACAUUUUACUUCCUUUUAGGUACUACACUACCAAUUUCAAAAAUGUUUGUACACUACACGAAUGCAGAGGUGGAUCAGACUGAAUGACAUUCGCCCUGGAGCUGUAUACUGGUGCUGUGCCUCUGCAGUACUGUUAUAUUUAUUGUUUUUUGCUUCUCUUUCAUCAUCCAACUGUCUGGAGAUGCGGUUCAGCUGAGGAUUUUGCUUUCUUUUUAAAUCAAAUAUAUAAAAUACAAAUAAAUUUAUAAAAUACAA